CUGGUCGGGGCGGCGAGCGCGGCCGUGGAUAACUUCCUCCUGUGGCAGAUGCAGGAUCACGGGAGCAACAAGCUGCACAUGGCGCUCUCUGUCGCCCUCGCUCUGCUCUCUCAGGCCGCCUUUCCUCUGCUGGCGAGCAGAAUAUCCAAAGUCCUCGCCUCAGGGAGGGUCCUCACCGUUGGGGCCGCAACCCUCGGCCUGCAGUGCUUCUAUUACUCCUUCCUGUGGGCACCGUGGGCCGCGCUGCCGGCUCAGGCGUUCAGCUGCUUCAGCGCGGGCGCCGUGUGGUGGGCCGUGCGGGCGCAGUGCGAGGACUUGGCCACGCCCGGGUCCGAGAGGAGCGUGAGCAGGAUCUACAGCGCCCUCUGUCUGCACCUGGGCAGCGGGUUAGGGAGCUUCGGCGGCGGGUUGGUGGCUCAGCGGUUUGGGCUGACGUGGCUGUUCAGGGGCGUGGCCUUGUGUCUGACGGUGUGGUGCGUGUGUUUACCUCUGCUGCAGUGGAAAACUCCUCGCCAGCGCAGGAUCAACUACUCGAGGCUUUUGGCGGCCGAUGCGAGCGAAGGCAGCGACUCGGAGUCUGAGCAGGAGAGAGACUGGCUGGACGAAGCGAUGGAGACCGACCGGAGCAACAACAACAACGGACGGAGAGUCACCAAGUGAAACUGACUGAUGGAUAUCAUUCACAGAUGUCACUUUAUUUUCUCCCUUCAGGUUCCAUUAAUAACUUUUUUUUUUUAAGAACAUGAGCUGCAGAAAACAAUCUUUGUCAGGGAAACGGUUGCAGUUUGUAGUUUGUCCAGCAGAGGGCGGUCAAAAUGGUUCUGUUACCGAUAGUGGUAUCGAUAUUUGCUUUCGAUAAAACCCAAAAUGUGGUGUCAAGUAUCUCUGAGGAUGCCAGUCGAUGCACCAAUCAGAUACCAUCAUUUUAUUUAAUUUUUUUAUUUUUGCAUUUAUUGAUAAAGGACGCUAAAGAGAGACAGGAAGUGCCUGGAGGAGAGAGAGUGAGGUCGAGUUGCCACGACGAUGACUACAGCCUCAGUACAUGGGACAUGUAAAAAUAACUGUGAGGCUGUCUGAUGCUCCUCGGAUUCCUUCAUUUCGAUUUAUUAACCCAGCAGGUUAUCAGGUUAAAUAUCAUGUGAUGAUAUGAAAACACCUGAGUGCCAUGUUGCCGGUAAAACAGGUGAAAAAAAUGCAGAGACUUCUGCAGCCGACAAAGAGUUCUGAUGUGAAAUAUUCUAAAAGUUUCAUUAAAGUCAGAUGUGCA